ACCCGUCCAGGGAAAGGAGGAAGGAGGAGGAGGAAGGAAGAUGGAAGGGAACCGAGACGAGGCUGAAAAAUGUAUCAACAUUGCUUCGAGAGCCAUGGUGGUGGGGGACAAGGAGAAAGCUCUCAAGUUCCUCCAUAAAGCAGAGAAGCUCUUCCCUACACAGAGAGCCAAAGCCUUAUUGGAAGCACUCACCAAAAACGGCAGCUCCGCAGCUAACGGCGCUCAUCGUAGACGAACGACGAACGAUAGCGGCGGGCAGGCGGCGGGUGAUCGUGCGGAGUCGACGGGAGCCGAAACCUCCAAAGUCUUCACGCAAGACCAGGUGGAAGGCGUGCAAAGAAUAAAGCGCUGCAAAGACUACUACGAAGUGCUCGGCGUCAACAAAGAAGCAAGCGACGAUGAAUUGAAGAAAGCGUACAGGAAACUGGCGCUUAAGUUCCACCCGGAUAAGAACCACGCUCCAGGAGCGACGGACGCAUUUAAAAAGAUUGGUAACGCGUAUGCGGUGCUGAGCAACCCGGCGAAACGAAGGCAGUAUGACCUCACGGGAGGCGAGGAGCCCAGCGGAAUGCCGGGUCACGGGCACAGCGGAGGCAACGGGUUUGACUUCCACAGAGGGUUCGAGGCUGAUAUCACGCCGGAAGACCUCUUCAAUAUGUUCUUUGGAGGAGGCUUCCCUUCCUCAAGUCCACAAUCGUUCGCCAACGGCAGGACGAGCUACAGCCAUCACGCCGAUUACCGACAAGAGCGCACAGAAGAAAGAGGCGAUGGUGGUUUCUCCAUGUUUAUUCAACUGAUGCCCAUCGUAGUCCUCAUCUUGGUGUCCAUACUGAGCCAGAUGAUGGUUUCGCCGCCACCCUACAGCCUCUACUCGCGACCGUCCACGGGUCAGACGGUGAAGCGGCAGACGGAAAACCUGCGCGUGGACUACUACGUCAGCAGGGACUUCAAGUCGGAGUACAAGGGGGUGGCGCUGCAGCAGAUCGAGAAGAACGUGGAGGAAGAUUACGUGGUCAACGUUAAGAAUAACUGCUGGAAAGAGAGACAGACUAAAACGGACCUGCUAUACGCCGCUAAGGUGUACCGGGACGAGCGCAGGCGCAAGAAGGCCGAGCUCAUGACCAUGGAAAACUGCAAGGAGCUGGACAGACUGACAAACCUCUUUCGAGGCGGAUGACUUUUCCAACACGCUUUUAGAUCUUAAUAUAUAACCAUAGAUGUCUAUGUUCAGGGAAGAUUUACACAGGAGAAAAACCCACUGCAAAUUCCUCAUCUCAUACAUCACCGUUACAUCCCAAACAAACUCGACAUUCCGGGAAAGACGAUUUGGUGACGUUUCUUCCCUAAAGAAAAAAAAAGUUGUGAGCACAUCCACCUGUCGUUUAAUGCCACCAAUCAGCUUCCAGCAUGAAAUCGAUAUCCGUGUGGAAAAAGGAUGCAAACGGUGAAAUGAACACUGAAGUCAUUUUGGGAUACGCGUUCAUAAGAUGUACAUUUUUUUUUGUUGGUUUGUUAGACCUUGCUGCAGUUAUUUAAGUAAUUAUAGAGGAAAGUCAUUUUCUUCUAGACUCAUCAGUCAAAUAAAGACAUAUUAAUAACUGGA